UAUACUAGUAUUGCAGAUCCCCAAUAAACUACAUAACCUCGGGUAUUUAAAACCCCACAAAGGGAAGAGAAGAAUAGUGGCCAUUGCCUCGUUAUACCACAUAUCCCUUUACCCAACACUAAUUAAAACAUAGAUAGAGAGAGAUACAUAUUGCCAUCUCUUCAAAUUUCUAUUCCCAAGAGUAGAUGGAGUUAGUUUUCUGGUCUUUCCUCUUCUCCUGCUAGAGUAUUUCUUUGCUUGGGAGUGAGUGAUAAGAGAAGAGAAAGGACAGAGGACAAGAGAAGCCCCUCAAAAGAGAAAUCAAUCACAAAUGGGCAGAGAGUGGUUGUACUGGGGGAGUGGCAGUAAUAAAUCCAGUACCCAAAGAGGAGGAAUAAGAAGAACAAAAGGAGAAGAAGUCAUCAAUAAUAUUAAUGAAGAAGCUACACCUCCUCCUGGUGGCUGCAUGUGCUUCCAAAUCUUUGAUUUACCCCAUUUUCAAGUGGCUUUGAACCAACAAUCUCGCUCUUUAAAGCCUCAUCAUCAUCCUUCUUUCCUUCAACAACACAAACAACCUUCUCUUCUCAAAGGACUUGAAGCACCAAGAAACAGCUUGGAAUUAGAUGAGCCUGUUACAGAACGGAAAUCGGUGUCAAGUUCAUUGUCGUCGUCAUCAACCAUGAAAGUAGACGAACAAAAUUUGAAUAUCACGGUAGGUAUUCAAAUCAGAACUAGCUGUGAUUCAAGAUCACCGCGAGUGUCAACAUCAGGUUCAAGAACAAGGACAGAUCAUGAUAUAUCAUCAGAAUGUAGCAGCAGCUCACCAGCGGGGACCAAGACCCCAACUCUAGUAGCUAGGCUGAUGGGCCUUGAUCUCCUCCCUGAAAACAAUAACUCUCCUCGCAUUUCAAUUUCAACUAAUUGCAAUACAAAGCCACAGUCAAAGAAUGUGUUGGUCAAUAAUACUAAUAAUCAGAUGACCCACCACCAGUCAAGCAGUAAAAACAGAAGACGAUUCAGCAGUUUUGAAAGUAGUGAUACUAAUUACAUCACUACAGGUACUCUGUCACUCCCAGAGACACCGAGAAUAUCUUUAGCCAGAAGGUCAGAUGUAGAUCAUCAUCAUCAGCAGCAGCAUCAACAUCAUCACAGGUUAUCCCUUCAAAUCAAUAAAGAGAACAUGGGUGACGCAUUCGAAUUUUCGGAUUCUUCUUCUGCCGCCAGUGUCGGCAGGAAAAUGUCGAGGAGCAAUAGGAGGGGUUUUUAUCAACAAGAAAAUGAAAACCAAACGAGAAGUCCAGGGUACUAUGCUAGGCAGAUUGUGAAGCAAGUCAAAGAAAGUGUAAGCAGAAAAGUUGGUCAUGACAUUACCAACACUACUAGUAGCAUCAGAAGAAAAGAUGAUCAAUUAGCUGCUAAAUAUGAUCAAGUUGUGUUGCUUAAACCAAAAAAAUCAUCACAUGGAAAUGAUGAUGAUUUUAGACCAACCAAACAAACAACUCCUUCUUGCUCACCUAGGUUCAGAUUUUUGGAGCCCAAGAGUAGUAGUACUAAACAUCAAACUAACUACUCAUCUGCUGCAAAAACUCAAACUUCUCAUUCACCCAAAUUCUCACCAUUAUCUCCGCUUCCACAGAGUAGCACAGUAUUACCAGCUAAAAUAGUUACUAAGCCUAAGCCUCAAAGUUCACCGAAAGAGCAAGUGCAACAGAGAAAAGGUGACAAAUUUGUUCCUAGGAAGCCACCGCAAGCUUGUGAUGCUAUUCGGAGCAAGAAAGAAGAGCUAUUUGUUCGUUCAGCAACAGGAAAAAAUAAAGCAAAUUUUGGGGACAAGAAGUGCAAGCUGAAAACUCCAUUGUCAAAUCAACUUGUUAACACCAGUACUGUUCCAACCAUUUUGCCAUUAAGGAAAGACCCUUCUCCUUCACCCACCAAGCUACUCAUUAAGCAGUCACCGGAAUCAGAUGCUUAUCCAUCGAAAAGGAGGAUCAGAGAGUUAUCUAGUAGUUCGAGCCAGUCGUACUACUACAAACUCAGCACCCUCCAACAAAUGAACCAAGACAAAUGUAGCGGUGGUUCCAUUUCCGUUGAUGGACUCGAUUUUGAUUAUCAGUACAUUCAGAGAAUACUAAAACGUACGGGUCUCGACAAAAGUACUCCAAUCUCCUUAGCCAAAUGGUACUCCCCUUCUCACCCACUUGACCCUUCCAUUUUUCACUAUUUGGAACUUUUCAAUUUUACGACACACAGUUUGAGGAGCAACCGAAAAUUAAUUUUCCAACUUGUCGACGAGCUCCUCCUCGACAUCUUGAUGAAAAAACCAUCUAAUUUCAAGUAUCAAGGUCGACUAAUGGACGGGGAAGAAUUGGUUGACACAUUGUGCACCAGAAUACGAAAUUUUCCUUCGGCUAAUUGUCAAGUUCUUGAAGACAUUGAUGCAUUGAUUGACAAAGAUAUGCAAAUUGGUGGGAUAUUAAAAAGUACAUAUUUUGAUGAAGAAGUGGAAAGCAUUGUGUGUGAGAUUGAACGUGACAUUAUGGAAGAAGUGGUGCAUGAUACUGUGUGAUUGAUCGAUGAUGGAAAAAAGGAACAAAAGAAAUAAUAAAGAGAUGGAAACAGGGUCUGACUUGGGUCACAUGGGUGAUUCACGUGACGAGAUGCCAUUUGGUUUUUAGGGUCAUGGGGACCAAUAUAAUUAACUUGUUGGGACUCAUACUACUUGGAAAGGCCAAAGUGUAGUGAUGAUAAGUAUAAUAGGAGUUGUUACUUUUAAUUUUUCUAAUGUAAUUACUAUUACUAUAUCUUAAUAAACAAUUCAUAUUUAGUCGCUU